UUCAAGCAAUUAAUGAAGAGACUCCAAAACAUAAGAACUCCAAAAAAGAAACAGGGUCCAACACCACAAAGAAAAAAGAAAAGGCGCUUGGAUUUUGACUACGAUGGUGAUUCAAGCUCUUGCACAUUAGAUUCAGCAGAAAGCAGCAGUGCUUCAGCUGUAAUGUUGGAAACAAGAGAAAGCAGCACACCACCAUCUGUGAGCACAAAACCACUUGCUGGAACAGCUGACCAAGAUUUACCAUUCAGUCAGACUGACAAUAGAAGAGAUGAAGACCAUUCUGACACUGAUAGUCAACAAAGCCAGGCCAGACAUUACCAUACUCUCCAAGAGAUCUAUAAAAGACCAAAGCCUAAUAAAGAGGCAGUUGCUCAACUACUUGACCUUGAGUUUGAUGCUCGGAGAGCCUUCAUCAACUCAGACUGUUUCAAGGAUCAGGACAGACCUUCAAAGAUACUGCAAGCGUACCCCUGUUUCAGAGAACUACAACAUGUAAUGGAUGAACUGGGCCGAAUUCUUGACAAAGGAAAUCCCAGAUUCAUCCCAAAACUAAAGGCCCGUUGGGAGAGCUUCUGCAGCAAAGCUCAAUUCUAUGGGGUUUACAAAAAGGUUUUGAAGCCACCAAUGACUCUAGAUGGAGUGAAACGCUCCAUAGCCUUGAUGAAGGCUCUUCCAGAGAUGUUCCCAUCACCUGUAGCCCCACCAAAAAAGAUGGGACAUCCAAGUGAAGCAAUGCUACACAUCCUUGAGCCAACAGAAAACCCAGAUUCUUUCCUCAAGGGGAGACCACUCUUCAGUCCUGUCCUGAUUGUGUCAGAGGACAACUGCAUGUUGGCCAUUGGGACUACACCUGUGACAAUCUUUCCACAAGAAGACCUCCACGAAGGUGUGCUCUACCUAAUGGCAUACUAUUAUGCACUUCAUCUUGUGUACCCAAAGUGUGUUGCAACUUUACUGUCUGUGCUUCAGACAGAGGUAAUUUCAGAUGCAAUACAUGGGCGUGAUGCAACUUCUUCCUACAAAAAAGCCACUUUGGAGUGGAAAAAGUUCAUUGGCGAGUAGUGAAAAAGUCAGACGUAUGUCUUACUAAUUGUUCACAGCAGUUGUGUUCAUCAGGUUCUUCUUAUAGACAGAAGUUGCUUAAAGUCUAAAACAAAAUAAAAAUUCAG